CCGAGACAGACAAACGACAAUGACACCAACUUGCACUCGACUUUGUGUUGCUGCUUGCAUGCUGCUGGCCACGAUAUUCUCUUCACUACCCAACAGCUAUGCCAAACCAGUGUCAGCCACAAAUUACACGAAGUGCUUGGAUAUCACCAGACAGAUACUUGACAAUAUGAACAACGUGAACGGACACAACUUUUGGAUGAAACUUAAUGUUGGUUUUAACUGCACCUCAGAUGAGCUGAAAGACAUCACAAACGGCUUAACGGUGUCCUACUGUGAACCAGACGUAGCAGGGGAGAUUUUCGGAUGUCAAAGAAAACAGAAAGCCCCUUUCAGUAAGGAGGACUGCCUUAAGAGCAUAACAAGUGACAUACUGAUUUACAAAGAAGAAAUAAAGAACAAUGUGGAAUUCAUUCCAAAUGACUUUAAAUUGACAGACAAACUGGAUGAACUUGUAAAGGCUUUGGGAAUCUCUACUGCGGCAAAAAUUCCCCAAAAAGAGGAAACGGAUGAAAACUCUUUCAGCAAAAGGUGGAACUUUUGUAAGGUCCUGCAGUCUUUCAAACUUCGGAUCAUAACUGUUAGUCGAGCACUGAACUACAUCAAAGCUACGUCAUAAAUCUGGAGUUUGUACUCUUAGCCUUGGGUUGGAGGGUCAUAUUCCACAAGAGUUAAUGUUUGGAUACUCAACUGUCUAAAAUAAGCUAAUAUUCACAAGUUAAAAAAAAAAACAAUA